AUGCUUAGAAGAUCACAGGGACCACCUACUCACGACCUCGAUCUCGACAUUGACCGCACUCUAAGGCGAGUGAGGAGACUAUUUGUUGAACAAACGGGUGAGGAGGAGGAGUUCUUUGAUUCUUCUAGUGAUAUUUCUUCAGACAUGGGGGAUGCCAAUGGCGCUCUUUUUGGUGACUUUGGUAAUCCGGGUAGUCAUGAAUUGCAAUGUGGGAUUCUACUUCCUACAACGGAAACAAAUUUCACUAUCCACCCGCACUACACUCAAAUGGUGCGUGGAGAUCAAUUUUCUGGAGCAGCUCAUGAAGAUCCGAUAGAGCAUUUGGACAAAUUUCUCGAGACAUGUGCUUUACUCCAAACCAACCAAGUCACUCAAGAAUACAUCCGGAUGCACCUUUUUCGGUAUUCGCUCACAGGCAAGGCUUAUAGGUGGCUCAAAAACCUAAAGCCCGGCUCGUUGGCCUCAUGGAGAGACACGGCCAAAGCUUUCUUGAACAAGUUCAUUCUCGAAGACAAAUCAACCGAAUUGAGGCAGAAAAUUUCAUCAUUUAGGCAAGAAAGGUAUGAAUCUUUGGGGGAAGCUUGGGACCGGUUUAAAGAGUAUGUGAGAGCUUGCCCACACCAUGAGUUUGACAAGCAACUUCUCAUCAAGUUCUUCUAUGAUGGUCUUGACGACAUACCCAAGCAAAAUUUGAAUUCCGGAUGUGGUGGACAUAUUAGCAAGGUGCCUCAAGCUCAAUUGGAGGACACCAUAGAGGAAGUUGUGAGGUAUUAUUCUACGAGUGGUGGAAGAAGAAGAGGUGAAGAGAGAGCUUCGGGCAAAUUCGAGCUUGAUCAAGGUUCACUCAAGGCUCUUAUGGAACAAGUCAUUGACAAGAAGCUGGGAAAUAGCCAAGGGUCUUCAUCUUCCUCCACCAAUCAAGUACACUCUUUCUCUUGUGAGAAUUGUGGGGGUACCAACCAUGAUAUAUCAUAUUGUGGUGGUCGAGACCCCGAACAUGUAGCGGCAAUGGGGUACAUGAACAAUCAACGUGAUAAUUGGAGAGCCCCCAAUGCCAAUUAUGGUAAUAGAUUUCAAGAUGCAAGUGGCCCAAGCCACAACACGGGUCAAAUGGCUCCCUUUCCAAAUCCAAAUGCUAGCAAUCACCCUAGAGCACCAUUCAAGCAAGGACCACCCAACCAAUUUCAGAAUUUCCAACCCAACCCUUCCAUGCAAAAUGAUCCUAAUCAACAAAUGCUCAUGGAAACUCUCAAUAGAAUCCAAUCAAGCCUAUCCGCCAUGGAUCAAAGAAUAACCAAUAGUGAGCGAAAAGCGGAUCAAAGGCAUCAAGAGGUCACCGCACAUCAAAAGAUGAUGGAUAAUCAAGUGGCUCAACUCGCCGAGAGGGUGACCAAUCUAGCCAAUGAGAAGCUCCCGGGCCAACCUACUACCAACCCGGCUACCACCCAUCAUAUCAAAGCUAUCUCUCUUAGGUCCGGAAAGUCUUAUGAGGGGCCUAGGAGUGAUCAAUCGGAGAACAACAAGGAGGGUGAAGAGCAAGUGGUUGAAGAGGUCAAUGGAGAUAGCCAAGGUCAAAUAAUUGACAAUAGUGUUGAAGGAAGCAUUGAGAAGAAGAAGGGUGAAGGUAGUGAAAAGAGCAAGGAAGUUGGGAAAGACAAGCAACCAUCAACAUCUUAUCAAUCAUCAAGGUUUGAACCACCACCGCCUUAUCCCGAGAGGAUUGUUGAGAGGAGAUUGAAUGACAAGUACAACAAGUUUAUGGCUAUGCUCAAGUCACUUCACAUCAACAUUCCAUUCCUUGAAGCCAUGACUCAAAUGCCACCCUAUGCAAAAUUCCUCAAGGAACUCCUCUCCAACAAAAAAGAAGCUAAGUGA